AUGAGCGCAUCAGCGCCUCCAUCCAAACUGCCGUCGCCCGCUCGCACGCCCCGUGUAUCCAGCAGUGAUGAGCGACGCAAGAACAAUCGCCCGCCGGGCAUCAUCAACAUGGGCAUGACAUGUUUCUUGAACUCCACGUUCCAAGCUUUGGCAGCGACGCCGGCCGUCAUUGCGCUCCUUUCCCAUAACCCCGCGAUUCCCUUGCGUCCUGCGCCGCACUCCAUUCUUCCCCCACCAGCUCAGGACUUCCGGCAAACGCCUUGUCUCGACCCGAACGUACUUGAACCUCCUCUCUACGGCCUUUUGCCAGUGACACGUGCUUUCGUCAAUGCGCUCUACAAGAACUGGACGAUGAAGGAUAACGGCGGCGGCAUUUCCGGGCCGGGCGCCAGCAGCACUGUUCACUCCAUGAGUCUGCGGGAACUGCUCCGGGAGCUUGCCAAGAAGUACGACCAGUACCAAGAGUUUGACCAACAGGAUGCCCACGAACUCCUCCGACAUCUUCUGGACUCGAUGGAGAUGGAGGAAAAGGACGUGAUUAAGAAGCAACCGGCCCCCGCAGUCCCUCCUACUGUGCCAGGGAUGGGCGACCCAUCCCUGUCGCCUUCAGUGCCCACCGAGCAGCUCAUGGACGAUGAGCAGUUGUUGCCCUUCGUCGACGCUCUCUUCGGUGGAGAACUAAGCAGUGUCGUCGUUUGCGAGACCUGCAAAGGCGUAUCUCACACCUAUGAAGGCUUCCUCGACAUCUCACUUAGUAUGCGUGGGCACGAUGACCCUUCGCGGCAGCGUAAGCGCGAUCGAUUCAAGGGCUUGUUCAAGCCUCGCACGCCUAGCUCGAGGAUCACCGCCGUUGACACUCUCUCGCUGUCGGAACCGGAAAACAGCGAUGGAGAUAGCAGUAGCGGUCGCCGUCUGCUAAGCUCCAAGAUCAACGACGAUGGGGGAGCCUCUGUGAAGCGGGCGUCGAGUGCUAAGACGGGAAUAGGAAGGAAGACCUCCAUCUUCCGACGUAAGGGUGAUCGGUCUGUCAGUCGUGGAGCUCGCAGCGAGGCGGCUUCCGUGCCUUCGACCGCUGUGCCAACACCGAUGCCUGGGUCCCCGGGAACCGAGACACCGACGUCGACCAUGACGCCGACGUCAAACUCGCACGUCCCGCACCCGCAACAGUUAGCCCAGCAGCUGCACCAUGUCCACCAGGCUACGCCGACCGCCGCACAGGCAGCUUACAUCCAACGGAUACUGUACGGACCGCCAGCACCGCCUGAAUCGUCCGACCCGCUCGCGAAGCUGCGCGCCGCGCAUGCCAAUGGUCUCUCUCCGAAUGGUCCGGCCGAGACUUUCGGUCUCAUCGAUGCGCUGCGCUCUUUUACCUCGGUCGAGGUGCUUGAAGGCGACAACGCUUUUGCGUGUCACAAGUGCUGGAAGAUCAAGAAUGGAAAGUACAACAAGAACAAGAAGAGGGACACUCCUGCCACGCCUGCGAGUGUAGCCAGCACCGUCAGCGUUGGCAGUGCAGCUAGCGCCGGUAGUGCCGGUAGCGGCGCAGGCGACUCGGGUCACCCCGCCGCACCUGAAGUUCCGACGCUCGCCUUGCCAACCGACGACGACCGGAGCCGGAGCCGCUUCCCUAAACCUUCCAUCGCACGAACCGCGAGCCCGCUGCGCAAUGUCAUCGACCUCAGCAGUCCGCGAGAGGACAUUGUGUUCUCUGAGGGUCACGCUGGUCACAAUGCGAACGGACGGGACCAGCGAGCGGAUUCCGACGGCGCGCAGAGCAUGUCCAGCGUGUCUUCCUCGGAAGCGACCGAACACUCGGCGGCAACGACCGGGACCUCCCCGCAGAACGGUUUCCACAACGAUGGUGAUGAUGAGAGCGACGGGCUCAGUGACUCAAGCGAUGAUGAGAGCGAGCCGGACGCCGACCCCGCACCGGAGCGCAAGGCCUUCUUCCGCCCGUCCAUCAACCGCAGCAAGAGCUCCCGGCAGCACAAGCACUUCGUUCUCCGCAAGGCGUUCAAGAGGUAUCUCAUCUCAAGAGCGCCUGAGGUUCUCGUGUUCCACAUCAAGAGGUUUAAGCAGACCUCGAAUGGGGUCUACUCGACCUUCUCCAGCUUGAAAAAGAUGGACGACCCAUGCUCGUUCCCAUUGACGUUCGACCUGGCGCCCUUCAUGGCUCCAAAGCGGAGAGACUUUAAGGUCGUGCAGACCCCUCAAGGUCCACGAGCACCGUACAUGGACUGGGCAGCGCCGGACAACCCUCCUACGCCAGCGCCUCUGCCUUACAAGCUCUAUGGUGAGUGCUCCUACACCCACGACCCACAUCCAUCCCCACCUCAGGCAACAAGCCCUGUCAUGCGGCAUGUCAGCGCACUGCACUAUCCCAGUCUCCGACAACUGCCUUCCCUGCACCUUACCGCAUCGUGCUCUGGCACCUACCAUUCCGCGUACCUCCGCCGUGCCGGCCGGAGGUGCGGAGGUCGAGCGAAGUUUGACCCAACCCGCACAAGGGCUGCUCGAGGAGGACAAGCUGCGGGAGCAAUUGUUGUGCACAUGGGCUCCAUGGUGGGCGGACACUACAUCGCCUACGUCCUUGUGGACCCCGAACGCGUCUUCCUCGCGCACGGAGACCAAGUUGAUGUCAGCGCACUCAGGGAACUCUCCCUGUCUGACCGACCAGAGAAGGGCAAGGAAGACAGGCGCGUCUGGUGCUACUGCUCCGACACCGAGAUCCGCCCUGCCAGUGAGAGCGAGGUGCUGAGCGCGAGGGCAUACCUGUGUUUCUACGAGAAAGCGCAUUAG